GUUUUCUUAAGGGAUUCUUCCCACGUCGCGAUUAUUCCGGAGUGAUCGGGCCGAUCCGGGGGAAGAUCCAUUCCCGCACGAGUGCAAUUAAAUAAAACUUAGUAGCCCGUCUCUCGCUUUGAGCCUCUUACGCGGGCGAAUGUGUGAGGAGCGUGUGUGACUCUCAUCAUCUCUGUGCAUCUCGUCUGUUUCUCCAGGAGGCCGAGACGCAACGACGCUCUCGGCGUUCCCGCGAGAGAAGCAGCAAGAAGAAGAAGAAUAAAGAGAACAGAGCGAAUCACAGGGAAAAGACAGUGCGGCACAUCCGACGCCGACAUGGUGAUAAUUCGUCGUUCUCUCGUCUCCGUCUGUCGUCCACCAUUCAGACAAUUCUUGGCCGCGGCUCCGACAGACAUGUGAUCACGGCCGAACGGCAUCGUAGUUUGUUUUCGGCGAGGAGGCGGCCGCCUGGUGACGGCGGCGGCGGCCUGCGGUAAUAGAUUCCGAAGGCGAUUUAUCUAUCAUUGAACAGCAGUCAUGGAAUCUGGGAGUAACUUGCCCAAUGCGGGCAAUUAUCCUGGAGGUGAUCGUCAGCAGUUCUGCGUCUCAUGGAAUUCCCACCAGUCCAACAUGCACAGUGCGUUUCCAAAGUUGCUGAGCUCGGAGCAAUUUGUGGAUGUGACUUUGGCUUGUGACGGAGGCUCGAUAAAAUGUCACAAAGUCGUGUUGUCCGCCUGCAGCGACUAUUUGGAGCGUCUACUGUUGGAGAUACCGUGUACUCAUCCUGUUAUCUUCUUGAGGGACAUGAAGAUGUGGGAACUUCAAGCUCUGGUCGAAUUUAUGUAUCGUGGGGAGGUGUACGUCGAGCAGCAACAACUUGCUACAUUGAUGCAAGCAGCAGAAGUUUUGCAGGUUCGUGGCUUAUCUACUCAGGGAUGCGAAAACUCGUCGAAUGAGAGCAAUACACAAUCGUGUGAUUCUAAUGCACCUGUCACUCCAUCGACGCCUACUCCCGGUGACAGUACUAAUUAUAAAGCUGAUAAUACUUCAUCCAAUGACGGAAGUACCUCCGACUUCCUCUCAUGUUCGACAAUGCCCGCGACUAGCACAGGGAACAAUACGUCCACCAUCACCCCUGUCUCGCACAAUCCCAAUACAACAUCUAAUUUUGUAAACAUGGAGCACAGCGAAGCGUUACAACAUCUAGAGAAGGCUUUAAGUGCUUGUGAGGCGACUCUCACUGAAACUCAGGGUAUGGUGAAGAUGGAGCCGGACGAGCAGUUCUCUCAGCAACAAGAUGUCAAACCAUAUUCCAUUAGUAUGGUACCCAGUAGUAAUUGUAAUCCUAGCAGCCCAUUUCCUCCAAUCGAAGGUUAUCAAAGACGACAAAGGCGUUCAGAAGAAGAACUCAAGCUAGCUUCGGAUAUGGUGUCGCGUGGCAUGACAUUUCAAGUAGCCUCGGAAAAGUACAAGAUACCGAUCAGCACAAUUCGAUUCUACAUGGUCAGAAAGGGCAUCCUGCAGAGGCGAAAACGCGGCCGUGGUUCUAGCAACCUCGGCAUGAACAGUCAACCGGGUAGUCCGGCCAGUCCACCGUAUCAUAUGAUGAAUUACCGUUUGCCGGAGAGCCUAAAUUCCAGCCUACCGUAGUGUUGAAUAAAGAAGUAGUGAGUUUUUAGACUUCAGUUUUGAAUCGAACAAAUUUUUUAUCGCCGCAUCCAUAGAGCUGUUCCAGACCGCGUCUCGCCGAUAUAUUUUUAACUACCUUGCAUUAGUUUAUUUAUAUUUUAUAUUAACUAUUAUUUUUUUUUUCCUCCUUUCAAUUUGCACUUCAUUAUUCAUUCGCGGCGCAGCGAUAUGUUUGCGCUGUUUGAUUUACAAGACUUUUACAUUUAUGGCAUAUAAAUGUUUUUCCGCAUUUUUAUGCUAUCGUCGACCGCGUGCGUAUGAGAUAUAAUUUGUGUCUCGAACAGCUCCACUCCAUGUAUAUAAAAAGAUACCAUAUGUAAAAGUUCGGACACAGCAUUAAGUUAAAUACUCGCACGCCUUAUAUCACGUUUAUGUUGAAUUCAGUGUCUUUAGGAAGACUGCCUAAAAUCCAAUUUUUUUUUAUUCUUUUUUUUAUUUUAUUUUUUUUAUGAGUAUACAAAUAAGUUAUUAUAUUGUGGGAUAUGCUUAUAUUCAUUUAUUGACGCAUGUAACUGAUCACAUCAAGGGGACACAUUGCAGAAUGAAAUAGCACAUCGCGGGAGAACUUCGGCAAUAUUAUGAAUUAAUACUGAUUAUAAUAAUGUCCAUACUUAUUACAAAUAUUUGCGUUUCAGGGAAAUGACGGGAAAUGACGGGAAAAAUCAAAAGAUAUUAGAUUGUGUAUUUAACUGCAAACGUUUUUCGAUAUUAUUAUUUCAAAACUUUUUUUAUACGCAGGAUUCGUAUACAUAAGCGCCCUUAAUAUAUAAUAAUAAGACAGAGAAAUGUUCUAUGGAAUAUAGAUAUACUGAUACAAAUGACAAUUUCUUUAUGCUGUGGACGAACGUUACGCGUAUGGUUGAUUCUCAGCCGUGUUCCGUUCUUCUACUUAGUGACCGUAUGUAGCUAGUCUGCAUAUGUGGAUAGUGUGAGAUAUGUUUUUUGGAUCUUACAUCAAUGUCGCUCAUAGCGAGAAACAGAUUUACAAAGUACAGUUUGAAAAAGAAAGGAGAAGAAAAGAAAAGAAAAGAAAAGAAAAGAAAAGAAAAGAAAAGAAAAGAUAAAAAAAAUAGAAAAAAAAGAAGAAAAUUGACUAUGUCAUAUAAUGGAUAUUUUUUUAAUGACCUUGAAAUAUUUUGACGAGAAGACAUUUUGUAGUAUAAGUUAUUUUUUAUUACAUCAUAUUUAUAUGAUUCACAGUGUGAAGCUCAUCUCGUUAAGUUACUGUGACAUUUGCAUGGCACACAUAAUGUAUGUAUUUACCGAGUAUUUAUCUUUCUGUAUUUUAAAUGAGCCCUUCAUGGAAGGUAAAGCAUUUCGAUUAUUGCACACUGUAUAUCCUGCGCCAGAGUGACGCUUAAAGAUCAAAAAAUGUAUACAAUUGUAGAAAGUCAGGACUUGUCCAUGAACGUCGAUUAGUAGUCACUAUGUUUAAGACUGGUAACACGUGGCUAACAUAACCAGAUUUUUAAAGUCUUAGACACAGCAAUCCUCAAUCUAUUAUACAGAUAUUUUUGUAGGCACUUUGUCGAGAAAGGUCUCUUCUUUCUGCCUCUUUAUUCUAUAUAUAUCUUGACGAUAACUUAUGCAGUAAGAGGAACCUGGUAUUUAUUCAAAGUUUACCAUUUAGCUUUGUUAAACAUCACAAGAGAGAUGAACGAUCAUGACGUAGUGUAAUGCUUUUUACAUGCUAGUGUACAAAUAACAGCAUUUGUAAUUGACGAUAAGAAUCAUACCCUGGUGUCUGUAAAAAUAAUACGGUAAUACGUCGAGUUCUCCGAUUUAUUUUUACACACACCAGUUCUGCCUUUUCAAAGAUGUUUAAUUGUAUGACAACAACUGUGGCGCGCAUACAAUUGUAAUUGUACGGUGUAUUGCCUUUGUUACAUAGCAUUUGGAUAAAGCCAUAUUUUUCCAUGCAAUGCAAUAAUCCAGCAAAAUAAAUGACAGUUAAAACUGAGAAGCAGCCUAAAAUAGGAAAGAGUGCCAGAUACAAAACUAAAGCGGACAUGAACAAUAACACAUAUAGAGGAUAAAGUUUAUCUCUAUCACUUAGAGUGUGUAACUGCCUUUCUCUGGCCUCAUAUACUGGAUCAUUAAUUUAUUUAUAUUAGACAAUAUUAUACAAAAGAUACAUGUAAAGGAAGAAACUAAUCUAACUUAGAAGGCUUGUUAGAGCUACUAUCGAUUGCAGUAAGAUUGCUGCCAUCCGACUGAUGAUGAAACACAUUUCUCAAAAAAUAAAGUUGAACAUUUAAUCGAAACAUUUAUGUCACAGAUCUUACAUAAUUGUAUUUAUUAUCAUUUAUUUCAUUUUUUUUGUGCGAUUAUUAUAUAUUUAAUGCAAUUGAUUGUUUCUCCACUUGUGUUUUACGAUAUAUCGAAAUAUCGGAGAGAGAAAAGAAAAAUUAGUCGCAUAUUGGACAUUGUGAAGUAUGCUAAUGCAAAUUAAAAGCACGACUUACAAUUGUUGCCUGUUGUAAUGUCCAGUAACUGAAAGACAAUUGAACUGUAAUGACUUACUCAUAUAUAGCAUUCUUUCUAAUCGAAGAAUCAAUAUAUCAUGUAAAUCAUUGUUCUAAGAGUUCCAGUUGACAGAUAUUUUAUACGGAUCUAUUAAACCAGUAUUUCAAACCAAUGAAAAAUAAUUAGUUUUCUAAUAAUAAUACAAUACAUUUUAUGUGAAUUUAGUACAGUGCUUAAGUCAUUAAUGCUCAGUGUAUCUAACAAAUAUUUUUAGUGGAAAUCCGUGUCAUACUCACAUGUGUAUCAUAAUGUCUUAAAGUAUGUAACUAAACCACAAUCAAAGAAGUAUGAACGAUACUUAAUGACUAUUAUCAUAAUAGCCACUAUUAAUAGCAGUAAAUAAGUAGCCAUUUUGAGGCAGUUUAUAUUUAAUUACACCGUAUCGCUUUGGUCUCUCCGUUUUUUACGAUGGUAUUAUUAUUUGUAGAUAGAAUCAUAACUCUAGAAUCGAUCGAACCUCGAAUCACUUAUUUUUAAGUCUAUUUUUUACAGUUACCGAGAAUUAAAUAGGCAAUGCAAUUGAAAACACACAUAACACACAGAUGAGAUCUGUAAUUUGCGUAAUCGAUGGAUAACUUGUAGUUUAAUUUAAUUUUUUUUUUUAUAUAUAUACACGAGUAUACAUUAUAUGCUAUAUACGAUUACAUUAUCGAGUUUGACAAAAACCAUAUAUAUGCAUGUAGGUAUUUUUAUACAGCCUCUUUUUAGCUUAAGUUUUUAUUAUUAGUGAUUGGAUUGUAGAUUGAAUUAUAGAUACUGGAUAUAUUAUGUAGUGAACUUUUCGAUGUAAUAUUUUGCACGUGAGUUUACGGGCGUGCAUAAUUUUUUAAUAAAAAAGAAAAUAAAAUAAUUAUCACUUAGAUACUCUACAAGAAAAUUUUGGAAUUAUUCUAUCUAAUUUGGCCGUUCAAAUUUUGUUAUUACAUCGGAAAGGUUGUAUUCGAGACAAUUUACAUUCUUUGAUAAACAUAUAUAUUAGUUUUUGUUUUCUAAGAGAUCGAUAACAGCAUAUAUAGUUGCUUGCCUAUUUACGACGAAAAUUUACGUUAAAAAUUUGCUUUAGUGUUUCGUAAAUGAAAAUUUGUAGCGACAAGAAAUGCGAUUGACUUGUAAAAGUUCAAUUUUCUAUAUAUAGAUUUCAUAAGAGUAAUAAAUCUAAAAUAUAAUUAUAUAUUAGAGCUUUAUAAGGAUGAUAUAUCAGGAGUGUGUGCCAUAUUACAUUGAACCGCCGUCGCCGUUGACACUUGGAUCGUUCUCCAUAAGACUCAAUUACUCAGUUUCCUCUUUGGCGCUACUUGUCCGAAGCGCGCGAUUACAGUAUUAUACAAUAUCGCGUAUGCGAAAGCCUUUGACUGCAUCCGUUUAACGGAUCCUUAGAUCCUUAAGCAUUCUAGUAGAAUAUAGUCACACUUAUUAUUACUACACAAAUGUAUAUCUUGCGUUGUUCUCGAAAACUUGUAUUCAAGAUUCACUCUAACGCGUGUUAACGGCUAUUGACUCCUCAUUGAUGAUCAGAAGCGAAAAAUUACGGGUUUCCUCUUUUUCUUGCGAAAUACACACAUUGAAGUAAAUAAGUUUUCUUUUACCACUUAUCUUUACUAAUAUAGAUUAAUAAAACACAAGAACUUCUUUUUUCGUUAUUCUGUAUUAAUAAAUGAACGUAUAAUUCCAUCUAAGAAAAUGGACUUUACGAGAAUUGAUCAAGAUUUUAUUGAUAGACGAAUCAAAAAGAGUUUUCGUAAUAUUUUAUUAAUAUAAUAAUCUAUAUUAUCGAACACGAGUAGUGUUCCCAAUAAAAAAAAACUUAUUUAUUUCGAUGUAUUUAAAAAAAAAACUCAUUCUCAAAUUGAUUUCUCGCUUCAUAAUUCAGAACAAGUCGAUAAGGGACCAGGAGCCUGUUAAUACAUAUUCACACUUUGGCGCUCUUUCGCGAUUCCUUUGUUAGUCUUCGUAUUCGAAAGAUAAUAAUGCUGUCGUGUAUUUCAAUGAAAUCUUUUAAUAUCAUAUAACGAAUUAUCUUGUUGCACAGCGACUGUUAGCGCAUGCUAAAUAUUUCGAAUAUGAAUAUGUGCAAUGAAUUAGCAUCACAUUAGCAAAUAGAUUCGAUCUUGCGGGAUACGGCAUUAUUAUAAAUACACUUUGAAUACGAAGGCACCGAUUUAAAAGAGCGAAGAUUUGUAUUUGUAUUUGGAUUUGUUGGGGAGCACUUAAUUAUCGUUGUAUGUGCGUUCUGAAACUAUGAGACGCCGAAGACGUGCGGAUUCAGUGUAAUACGGCGAAAGGCACGCAUGUGUACGCGAAAAUACGACGCAUAUGCGUACAUACAUAUAUACAUACAUAUAUAUAUAUAUAUAUAUAUAUAUAUAUAUAUAUAUAUAUAUACACACACACCACACAUACAUACAUAUAUAUGCAUACAUACAUGUGUACACAAAGUACACAGAAGAGACAUAUAAAUAAAGAGGCGAGAGGAUUGAAGCAGAUCCGAACUCGUCUCGCGACUGUAAUUACAAUUCGCAAAAAAUAUACCGUGCCGUUCGGUUUGUUGAUCGCAACAAACUAGCUUUUAUAAUUCGCAUGUAAGAUCACCAUCAGGGUGUAAGAUCUUAAUAAAAUCGGUUACGGGUGUCGUAUUGUUAUAUAGAGAGAUGCACACAACGUGCAUUACACGACGGAAGAGAAAAAGAGAGAGAGAGAAAGAGAAUGAGAGUAAGGGCGAGUAACAAAAAAAAAAAAAAUAAUAAUAA